AUGCCCCAAGUCUUCUCGUAUAAAUUCACCGGGGAACUCUGGCAGGGAGAGACUGAACUCAACACCGGCCUCUUCAUCGAUGGCAAAUUUAUCGAUGGAUGCCACGGCACAACGAUUGAUGUUCUCAACCCAACUACUGGCAAAUUGAUCACCAAGGUCGCUGAAGGGACCGCGCAGGACGUCGAUGUUGCCGUCAAGGCAGCCCAAAAGGCCUUCGACACCACCUGGGGCCUCAACGCUAGCGGCGCGGCGCGGGCUGCUUUGCUUCGGAAGCUUGCCGAUCUAAUGGACUUUCACAAGGAAGAACUGGCUGCGAUAGAGGCGCUCGACAAUGGCAAGUGGACAGUUGGCAUUGCUGCGUUGAAAAACACCAUAGCGCUAAUAUACAAACAGUACUACUCUGGCUGGGCAGACAAGAUCACCGGACAAACCCUGGAGACUAAUGAAAGCAAGCUUACCUACACGCGGCACGAACCCAUCGGUGUCGUGGGCCAAAUCAUCCCUUGGAAUUUCCCAUUGCUCUUGAUGACAUGGAAAAUCGCUCCAGCCCUCGCCACAGGAAAUUGCAUAAUCUUAAAGCCUUCGGAAUUUACUCCCCUCACAGCCCUCCGCAUGGCUGCAUUGAUCAAGGAAGCAGGAUUCCCCGAUGGCGUCGUGAAUGUCAUUCCUGGUUACGGAGAAGUAGCUGGCGCUGCAAUCGCCGCCCAUUUGGACAUCGAAAAGGUUGCAUUCACUGGUUCAACCCUGGUUGGCCGCAAGAUCAUGCAAGCCGCCUCCCAGAGCAACAUCAAAGGUGUUGCGUUGGAGCUCGGGGGAAAAUCUCCAAAUAUCAUAUUCGACGACGCGGAUCUUGAUCAGGCGGUCGCUGCUGCUGCCUUGGGCAUCUUUUGGAAUAACGGCCAAGUCUGUGCUGCUGGAUCGCGAAUCUUCGUUCAGGCGGGUGUCUAUGACGAAUUCCUGAAACGAUUCACUGCCCGGGCGAAAUCGAUGGUAAUUGGGGACCCGUUCGCCAAAGGCGUCGACGAGGGGCCGCUCGUUUCGAAGCCCCAUUUCGACCGCGUCAUGGGCUAUAUCAAAUCAGGCAUCGAGCAAGGGGCAACGGUGCACUACAGCGGCGAAGAGCACAGUGGCGACGGCUACUUCAUCAAGCCCACCAUAUUCACCGAUACCACCCCCGACAUGCGAAUUGUGCAAGAAGAGAUCUUCGGCCCCGUCGUCGUCGUCAUCAAGUUCACGGAUGAAGACGAUGUGAUCCGACAGGCCAACAAUACCAUCUACGGACUCGCUGCGCUUGUGUUCAGCCAAAACACCAAUAGGGCCUUGGACACUGCACACCGUCUGAAGGCUGGUACAGUCUGGGUCAACUGUGCAGGCCAGCUCCAUGCAAACGUGCCGUUCGGCGGGUUCAAGCAAUCGGGCUUUGGUCGUGAUUUAGGCGAGUAUGCCCUUCACAAUUAUACGAACAUCAAAGCUGUUCAGGUGGGCUUGCAGCGCAGGAAGUAG